UGCCCCCUCGGAUGAGUGCUCUGUUUCCGGGACUCCCCCAGUGGGGGGGGGGCACCACUUUUCUUCCCCAGGCCUCCCCGAAUCCAGUCAGGCCAAAAGUGAAGCUGUUCAGAGGCAGCUGCCAAGCCCACUUGCCCACGGUGAUAGGUGAGGGCGAGCUCUGUUUGCUGGAGCAGGAGAUGAGACCCAGAGAGGGUAGGGGGCUUGGGCAUAGUCACACAGCCUGUGAGCGGGGCCAAGCUUUGUUCCAGGUCUGUGUGGCUCUAGGGCUCCUGCUGCCAGCAUGAGCGGAGGUGGGCAGGCAGCGGCUGAUGGGGGAGCCCCGGCCCUCGAGGUGCGGCGUGAGGGGCUUAGGCAGACAGAAGACCAGAGAGCCAUGAUGCCCAGUGGUACAUUCAGCCUCCAGCGCUGGACCUGUCAGGGAGGGUCCCAGGGGAGGGCCCCCAGCAGCUCUGGCCCUAUAAUUUGGGCAAUGCCCAAUGUGGGCAGAUGGGAGGGCAGGGGUCCUGCUGGCCCAGGGGAAGCUAGACCCAGAGGUAGGAGGUGACCUGAGACAGUGGCCCGCAUCCACGCGUGCCCACCGUCCCACGGUUCCGAGGGGUAAAUAAUUGAAGGACAGGUCACACGAACCUGCCCGCGUCACAGGAUGCCUUCCCCCGGGUCUGGUUACGCCCCAGAUCGCAUUCUGACAUCCCUGGCUGGUGAAUAAUUAAGCUGCCACCUCCUCCCCAGCCGCCACCACCUGCGGCAGGGCCUCGGUCUUCAGGUCCCACUGUGCAGCUUUCUUCGCUCCCCCAAAGCAGUGGGCACUGGAGGGGACCGACCCCCCACCCUGCUCCUGGCCCUGCCAACGCCUCCAGUCUCCUGCCGGGCACCUGACUUGCAGCCCACUCUAUGGCCCCAGAGAUGGACCAGUUCUACAGGUCCACCAUGGCUAUCUACAAGAGCAUCACGGACCAGUUUAACCCUGCCCUGGAGAACCUGGUGUACCUCGGGAACAACUACCUGCGGGCCUUCCAUGCUCUGUCCCAGGCGGCUGAGGUGUACUUCAACGCCAUCCAGAAGAUCGGGGAGCAGGCCCUGCAGAGCUCUACCUCGCAGAUUCUGGGGGAGAUCCUGGUGCAGAUGUCGGACACGCAGCGGCACUUGAACUCCGACCUGGAGGUGGUGGUGCAGACAUUCCACGGAGAUCUGCUACAGCACAUGGAGAAGAAUACCAAGUUGGACAUGCAGUUCAUCAAAGACAGCCGCCAGCACUACGAGAGGGAGUACCACCACCGAGCCACCAACCUGGAGAAGUACAUGUCUGAGCUGUGGCGCAUGGAACGCAAGAGGGACAAGAAUGUGCGGGAGAUGAAGGAGAGUGUGAACCGGCUACACGCACAGAUGCAAGCCUUCGUGUCUGAGAGUCAGCGGGCAGCUGAACUGGAAGAGAAGCGGCGCUAUCGUUUCCUGGCCGAGAAGCACCUGCUGCUUUGCAACACCUUCUUGCAGUUUUUUGGCCGGGCCCGGGGCGUGCUCCAGAACCGCGUGCUGCUGUGGAAGGAGCAGUCGGAGGCCAGUCGCAGCCCGUCGCGCGCCCACUCCCCGGGCCUACUGGGCCCCGUGCUGGGGCCGCCCUACCCCUCGGGCCGCCUGACGCCCACCCGCCUGGACAUGCCCCCGAGGCCCCUGGCGGAGUUCAGCUCCCCCCGCAGCCGGCACGGCUCUGGCUCCUACGGCCCCGAGCCCGUCGAGGCGAGGUCCGCGUCGCAGCUGGAGCCCGAUCGCCGGUCGCUGCCCCGGACGCCGUCCGCCUCUUCGCUCUACGCCAGCGGCAACCAGCGCUCCCGCUCCAACUCCUUUGGCGAGCGCCCGGGAGGCGGCGGCGGGGGCGGGGGCGCCCGGAGGGUCCGCGCCCUUGUCUCGCACUCGGAGGGCGCCAACCACACGCUGCUGCGCUUCUCUGCUGGAGACGUCGUGGAGGUGCUUGUGCCAGAGGCCCAGAACGGCUGGCUCUACGGCAAGCUGGAGGGCUCUUCCGCGAGCGGCUGGUUCCCCGAGGCCUAUGUGAAGCCCCUGGAGGAGGUGCCCGUGAGCCCCAUUAACCCCUUGAACCCGGUGACCUCCAUGAACCCGAUGAGCCCUAUGAAUGAGCUUCCUUCCAGAUCCUACCCGCUCCGGGGCAGCCACAGCCUUGAUGACCUCCUGGACCGGCCGGGCAACUCUACAGCCCCCUCGGAGUACUGGGACGGCCAGUCCCGCUCCCGGACCCCGACCCGCAUCCCUAGCCGCGCCCCCAGCCCUGCACCCACACCCCUGCCUGACAGCCGCCGGAGCAGCAUGGGCAGCCCAGGGGUAGCCAGUGAUGUCAAGAAACUUAUGUCCUGGGAGCAGCAGCCUCCAGAGCUCUUCCCUCGGGGCACGAACCCCUUCGCCACGGUAAAGCUGCGUCCCACAGUCACCAACGACCGCUCGGCUCCCCUCAUCCGCUGAGACGCCUUCCUCCGGCAGGGGGCUGAGGUCGUCCCCCCACACCCGCCCGGGGGCUGCCCAGAGCUGGCGGCAGCAGCAGCAGCAGUGGACCCGAGAAGCCGGGGUCCUGAUCCCGGGGGUGGCUACCCCGCCCCAAACCGUGCCCGCAGCUUGAGCAGCUCCAAGAGGGCUGGCUUGGGGUCCGGGGCCUUCAAAAUAAAGCAGGCAGGGGCGCCUGGGUGGCUCAGUGGGUUAAAGCCUCUGCCUUUGGCUCGGGUCAUGAUCCCAGGGUCCUGAGA